UCUGCUAGUAUGAGUGACAUAUUUAAGUAAAAUUAUAAACAAUUUAAAUAAAUUACUUAAUGAAAAAAAGUGAAAAGGAUUAGUCUCUAUAAAAUCAGAAAUAUGGUGUUAAGAGUGUUACCAUGGUGUUUUUGUUUGAUAUAUAUUAUUUCAGCGCAAGAGUCAACCGUAAAACAGUUACAAUUAAAUGUGUACCAAAAUGAAAAAUGCGUUCCAAAUGUCCCUGAACUUAUUGUCGCCGAAGGAAACACAAUCAACUUGACAGUUGCUGGACAAUUCGACUUCUUAAAUUGGGCCGAGUGUUCAUCUCAACGACUUAAAACACGAUUUCUUGGUAAAAGCGAAUUUCACCAGCCAAAUAAGUCUCAGGGAAAUCGAACAGCAUACGCCACGCUAAAAUCUAACAAGAAACACCACGGUAAAUGGAACUGUACUUUUUUGGUACGGAGAGGGCAAAACUGGCCAGGAGAUAAAUAUUUGUACAAAGGAGAAAAUUAUACCAAAAUCGUAUGUUUAGCUGAUGUGACAGUCACAGAAUCAGAUGUACCACCAAUAGAUCAAAAAACCUUAUACUAUAUCAUUGGCGGAGUAGUAGCAGUCGUUAUAUUAAUCAUAAUCAUUGCGCAAACGGCUAUUAUUCUCCAUUUCAAGGCUAAGGCGAACGCGGCUAAAUUGGCAGCAUUGCCCCACCUCCAGCGUCUUUCAUCCAACAGAGAUGAUUCAACUCGGUAUAGCGUCAUGCCUGGAGAACGGAAAAAAUCACAGAAAAGGGAAGCGAGUGGGAUCUAUCAGAGCUUGGAAAAUCUGCGCACAGCUGCCGGCAUUCCUCCCCCAUCGCCAUCACCGAAUGUGAAAGACAGACCUCCGAUGCCUCUGCCGGCGGAUGAUGACGAGGAACACAUUUAUGAUGUUUUACUGUUUUCAGAUGGGGAAACUCUUCAGAGAAUCUUCACCCCAGUGCCUCCACCGGUCGCUACUUUACCUAAAAAAGACAAGAAGAAAGGAAAGCCGUCUGCCCAUACUCCGAAGCCAGCAUCCAAGCCACAUCAACAAGCUCCAGGUCUAAUACCAAUGGAGGAUUACGACUACCCAGACAUUGACACAGUAGAGUUAUUGAAAUCACAAGAUAUGCAUCAUCAAAAGAGCAACCCUGUCUCGAUUCCUCCAAAACCGGAGAAACCAAAGGCUGGUAAGCCUCCCAAGUCAACGCCGGCGCCGAUACAACCAGCACAGAAACCAGCACCAAACACGGGUGGAGUUCUGCUAAAUGAAUUGAAAAACAACCUUCUAAGAAAAAGAAUGUCAAAUCAAGUACCAACGCGCCCUCAUACAAAGGAAUCAACCCAAACCAUGCGUCCCGUGCCUCAACCGACAACAGAAAUGACCAAUGUACGAGGAAAACCACUAACAAAGAUACGCCCGCAAGCAACACACACUGAGGAAACAAACCCUCAGAAACUCAAACCGAGAAUCAACCCAGAGAAUAUAAACCCUCAGAAACUCGUGCCACAGAACUUAGGGCGAUUCCAACAAAAUACUGCUCCACAAGAAGUACCGAAUGUGCGGCGUCCUUCUGAGCCGACUCCUCAGCAACCUUGGACCCAGAGACGUGAUCCACAUAUUCCUCAGGAAACAACCGCCCAGAAGGGUUGGGGCCAGAAGCCAAUUCCGGGGAUGAGACCUCAAGAUCCAUCGACUGCAACCAGAUCGCCACCUGUGUCCAGGGUUCAACCGAUGGUUCAGAAACCAGCUACACCAGCAAAGCCGAAACCUGCUUUUAACCCUGCGAAACCGCCUCCUCCCGAGCCUACGCCACAAGAUGGUUUUAACCAUAAAAAACCUCCUCCUCCUGAGCCUACGCCACAAGCUGCAUUUAAAACUCUCAAGAGACCACCAGCUCCUGAACCUAUACCACAAGAAAGUGAACUGUAUGAGGCCGUGGCUCCGGACUAUUCUGACUCAGACGAGGAGUGGCAGUACGAGGCAUUGCCAAACUAUAACAUCUACAGCAUGUAGAGCAUCACGCCAUGCGCCUUGCAGGGAGGACAGAGAAGAUAUAUACCACGCCAAAACUAAGUUUAAUUUGUAAUAACAGUCGCCUAAUUUUCUUAUUCGUGGAUACUUGCAUUUACAGUUUAGAA